UCUCUCUCUCUAAAGAAAGUCAAGAAAAGGGGACAGGGCCUAGUCACAUCUGACACUUUCUCUCUCUUUCUCUAGCUUUUUGUUCGGAGAGUAAGUCCAUUUCUCCUCCAUGUGCCCACUCUGUCUUCUCCACCACCACCACCACCUCCUCCUCCGAUUCCCAAAUUCUCCAAACCUAGGGUUAGGGUUAGGCUCUAUACUUCUCCGAUCUUUCUAUUUUCGGAUCAUCCAUGCCUGAAAUCGAGCUCAUGAGAGAUUCUAUUGAAGCUACUGGUUUAGAUUCGAUAGAUGUGAAGGUGAAGCUAGAGGAAGAGCCCGAUUGCUUGAAGAAGACGACGACUCGGCCUAGACGCGGCCGUCCGCCGAGAACACUAGCGAAAGCUUCUCCGAUUUCUCCACAGAGGAAAAAGAGAGAAGACGAAGAUGUUUGCUUCGUUUGCUUCGAUGGAGGUAGUCUCGUCCUCUGCGAUCGUAGAGGAUGUCCAAAGGUGUACCACCCAGCUUGCGUUAAGCGUACCGAAGCUUUCUUUAGAUCGAGAUCAAAAUGGAACUGUGGUUGGCAUAUAUGUACGGCUUGUCAGAAGGAUUCUUUCUACAUGUGCUAUACUUGUCCUUAUUCUGUUUGUAAGAGAUGCGUUAGAAGCUCAGAGUAUGUACUUGUACGGGAGAACAAAGGGUUCUGUGGAAUCUGCAUGAAGACUAUACUCCUUAUUGAGAAUGCAGCUGAUGCUAACAAAGAAAAGGUCCAGGUUGAUUUUGACGAUCAAGGCAGCUGGGAGUAUCUUUUUAAGAUUUACUGGGUUUCUCUUAAAGAAAAGCUAUCUUUGUCGUUAGAUGAUCUUACCAAUGCAAGAAACCCGUGGAAGUCCUCUGCUUCCAAGAGGAAAACUACUAGCAGGCUUCAUGGAAAUGACGAUGGGGUUAUGAAAGCAGCUAAAGUAAGGAGGAUGGAAGCUGCAUUGGAUGACAGACUUCCACCAUUGUCUAAUAAUGCUGCUGCGUGGGGAACAGAUGAGCUCUUGGACUUUGUGAGGUUUAUGAAAAACGGUGACAUUACCGUCUUAUCAAAGUAUGAUGUCCAAACGCUCGUGCUAGAGUAUGUGAGACGAAACAAUCUGCAAAACGCUCCUCAGAGUUCAGAAAUAAUGUGUGACGCUAGGCUUAUGAGAUUGUUCGGGAAGGAGCGAGUGGAUCACUUGGAAAUGUUAAAGCUUCUUGAUUCUCACUUCCUGGAUCAAGAAAGGUCUCCGGCUAUAGAUACCUCAGCCGGUGAAACUAUGUCCUUCCAGGUGGAUGAUAGGCUGAAUACCUCUGAACAACAUGCGGUUGUAAAGUCUGAAACAUGUGCCGCUAUGUCCAACAAGCCUAUCGAUGAGUUGGAUUUGAAUAUGGUGUGGUUAUACGGAGAUCCAGAUGGGAAGAUUCAUGGACCGUUUUCUUUAAUGAACCUGCGACAGUGGAAUGCAAGUGGUUACUUCCCGCCUGAGCUGAGGAUAUGGAGGUUGGGUGAACAGCAAAGUUGCUCCAUACUACUGACCGACGCGUUAAAUGGGCAGUUCCAUAAAACGCUGUCGCUUCAGAAUCAUUCUAUCCCGAGGCAGGAGGAAGAGACGGCUAAGGACCAAAACAAGAGUGUGGCUGUUGCUAGGUUAGAGACUAGAGUACUUGACUUCAGCCCAAACUCAGUGUCCACCGACCAGAGUGUUAACAGUGUCAUCACAAGGAGCUCGGAUGCUAGCAACAAAAGCCACAACGUUCCCUUGGAUUUCACACUUUCUAAUGAAAGGGAGGCUGUGGACAAAACGAAAGUCGAAAGUCCCUUGCCUGGACAGAGCCCCAUAAGCUGUUCCCUUUCACUGUCUACAUUUCCCGGCUCUCUGCCGCUACAGGAAAGAUGGAAUGGUGGUCAUACAGAGGCAGUAAAGAACGGUUGCAAUCAAAACGACAUUGGCCUUACCGGAGCGGCUGAGAAACAAGUCACGGCUACAGUUCAGUCAUGCGGACAGAACUGGAAUGCUGCUACUCCAAGCACUGCUUCAAACGUGUGGGAUUCGAACUCCGGUCUGGUGUCUUUCACAGACAAUCAAGAAAUAGACUUCCUAGAUCUCUUUAGUCCAACCUUCAAAUUCAACUUUACCUCUAAUUCCACGGAUUGGCAACCCAUUGUAACCGGACCUGACGAGUGUGACGAGUCAGUGUCGGAUCUUUUGGCGGAAGUUGAAGCUAUGGAGUCCCAAAAACGUCUAUCUUCUCCAACUUCAACAUUCCGUGGUCCUGGAGAAAUGCUCCAACAACACUCCAUCAACGAUAGCAGCUUCAGUCCUGCUGCAGAAGGGCACAGCCCAGCAUUUGAUGUAAGUAAAGGUGACUCCAUGAGCUCCACAAACGACCUGCAUAUGCGUUUACGAACUAACAACGUCCUGGACUUUUUGCCGUGGGGGGUUUAGAUAUAGAGAAUCAUAUCAGGGCUCAUAGGUUGUACCCAAGAUCGAUGGUGGACUAUGCUCUCUCUACUCUUUUUGCAGGAUUGUUAUUACGGAACAUAAAUAAGUGGCCAAUCAUCAUCAUCAGCAACAGCAGCAGCAGAAAAAGAAAAAAAAAAGAGUGGUGCAUAAGAAGAAGAUCUGUUCAAAUGUUUCUUGGUGAUAUUUUUGUGUGCUGCACCGACCAUUGUUUUUGGUAUCUAGGUUCUGUACGUUAUCCUGUUUUAAGAUUUGCACAGACCCAGCUUGUGUAUCUUCUACAUUGUUUGUGUACUUAGGGUAAAUUAUAAAAGUGUCAAUGGGUGUAAUCAAAACACUGUAGGGAUCAUUACGUAUUCUAUAUAUAUAUAUGAUAAUUUGGUA